GUGCGGUGCACCGUAGCUCGUCCCCUGCUCGCGGUAAAAUUCAAUGGCGCUCGCCGCGUGGAUCAAACAGCCCCGCGAGGCCUCUUCUAGUCCGCUGCCUCCCCCGUUCGGCUUUUCCGCGCAUGCGCGCACUAGCGCCUCCACAAUCCCGAGAGCCUUCAGUACGGGGUUUGUGCUUUGAGCCCCCAAAAAAUACCGCCUUUAAAACAACGCAACUGAAAUAUGGCUUUUCAUCGAAAUGGGACAUAAAAUACGGCUUUCAGGGGAGAUAGGGAUUCGUGAGACAAACGCCCGACCGCCUUUUUGUUGGUCUUUGUGCGCUGCCGAUGGUAGAUGGUAUCCAGUGAGCUGUAUCUGGCAGAGGAAGACGACGACGACUCGGCGAGUAAUAUGAAGGAGAUGAUCGGAGGCUGCUGCGUCUGCUCGGAUGAGAGAGGCUGGGCCGAAAACCCCCUAGUCUACUGCGACGGUCACGGCUGUAACGUCGCCGUCCACCAAGCCUGCUAUGGAAUUGUCCAAGUCCCCACAGGCCCCUGGUUCUGCAGGAAAUGUGAAUCACAGGAACGUGCUGCCAGGGUGAGGUGUGAGCUGUGUCCCCACAAAGACGGAGCACUGAAACGAACAGAUAAUGGAGGUUGGGCCCAUGUGGUUUGUGCUCUUUAUAUCCCAGAAGUGGAGUUCGCCAACGUAUCCACCAUGGAGCCCAUCGUGCUUCAGUCUGUCCCUCAUGAACGUUAUAAUAAGACAUGCUACAUCUGUGAGGAACAGGGCCGUGAGAGCAAAGCUGCUACUGGAGCCUGCAUGACAUGCAACAAACAUGGCUGCCGACAGGCCUUUCAUGUCACAUGCGCUCAGUUUGCUGGGUUAUUGUGUGAAGAACAAGGCUCAGAUGCUGAUAAUGUGAAAUACUGUGGGUACUGCAAGUACCAUUACAGCAAAUUGAGAAGGAGCAAAGGCUGUGGUAGUAGGGCUCAAAACUUAAGCGAUUCUUCCACUCACUCUUUGGAUAAGCACCAUGACAAGGAAAAGAAGAAACAUAAAGAAAGAGAUCGCCACAAACCAAAGCACAAAAAAUCUUUGGAACUGUCACCUUCCCUGGUGCCAGCACUGAUGGUGACCUCUGAGAAGAGCUACAACAGCAGCAGUGGUGGAAGUGUCUCCUCAAUCUCCUCUACUCAGAAGCGAUUGGACGACAGCGGAGGUCGUUUCACCACUGCCAACUUCCAGGAAGUUCCGUCUCACUCCAGUUCCAGCUCCAAGGAUGGCAGCCUCUCUGAUGGCAAGAGCUCGGAUGGCAAAAGCAAGAAGUCCAGCAGUCACAGCACCAACUCGAGCUCUGGCUCCAGGGGCCGCAAGUCCGUGCCAGGCAAACCCCACGGCCCUGUGGUCACCACAGCGACGUCAUCCACAGCUCCCUCUUCAACCAGUCCGUUUCAGCAAGGUCUUUUAUUAGGCAGCAGCAGCAGUAAAUCAGCCACUAGUGGGUCUGUGGUUCAGCCCACAUCUGAUUUCCUCAGCUUCUCUGAUCCCAGCCUUAGGGCUGGCGACUCGUACACGCCUCCAUCCUUUAGCCGUUGCCACAUGAAGGGUGGUGCAGAAAGCACAGCCUCUGAAGGCAUGGUGGCUCUUAACACCUUCGGCAUGAUGUCCCUCCCCCAAAGCUCAAGCGCAAGCAAGCAUUACGAAAACUGUCACCCGUCCGGAGAGCUGGGAGGCCUGGCCUCAGCAGGCUACAAACGACCCCAGCCCUCCUCAUCCUCUUCCUCUGCAACAUCAUCUUCAUCUACUGGCGAGGAUGGCGUGAAGAAGAAGAAGAGAGGGAACUGGAGGAACCGGUAUGGACCGUGCUUCACUACCCAGGACAGUAAAACCACUGAUACGGGAGAGCAUGGCUCCACAAUGCCCUCAUCCACUUCCCCCUCGCCAUCCUCCUUGAGCACUAUGGCCUGCCGCGGGAGUGCAGUCAGCAGUACCGGAGGUGUGGGAGCAGUGGGUGCUGGUAGCAGCAGUCUGGGGAUUCAGAAGUCCCCAUCCCUCCUCAGGAAUGGAAGCUUACAGGGUAUGACUGUCAGCUCCCCACCUGCUGGACCAGGUGUGUACUCCAGCAGUAGCGAUGUAGCCUGCCCAUUGCCCAGUGCUGUGUUUGGAGGGUCUCUGUCCGGAUCCAACUCCGAGUUACCUGCUCAUCAGUCAGUGGUCACUUCCAUGCCCACUCUCACAUCUUUGCCCCCGACCGCCCUGUUCACCAGCACCUCAUCCACACAUGUCCAGUCUGCACUGCAGCCCGGGGCUGAUCCAGGAUCUGAUGGCUACCAGGCUCACUUUGGAUCGAGCUGCCCGUCCCUGCAUUUCCCAGGCUCCUCUAACGCCCACAUCUUCACACCGGCUCCUUAUCGACUGCUCUCUGUUUACCUUUCAGAUCAGGAGCUUGGAGACGGAGCUCUCGGCUUCUCCAGAAGAGGAAACUCGCCAAAGACAAACCUCUCCCCUCGGUCUCCGUUAAGUGGGCUUCAUAUCCGGUAUGACUCGUCAGGACCGUUGGUUCCGGGGCUCGGAUCUGGUUCGGAUACGUUGCCCCCAGUGGCCACCAGCAUCGACCAGCUGCUGGACCGGCAAUGGAACGAAGGACAGCAGUUCCUCCAACAACAGGGCUCACAAGGAGAUGUUCUGGGAAUGCUGAAGUCCCUGCACCAGCUGCAGGUGGAAAACCGGCGCCUGGAGGAACAAAUCCGAACUCUCACCAUGAAGAAAGAACGACUGCAGCUCUUGAGCGCUCAGCUCUCUGUGCCUUUCACCCCCGCGAGCACCACAGCCACCACUGCCUCCUCUCCUCUGUACCCCAGCAACACUCACGCAGACAUGCUGCACAGCAAGAGCAUUCAGCUAGGCAGCAGUGUUUUAACAGAGUCCUCUCAACCCUUGCCCACUCAGCAUCCCCUGUCUGGUGGCCAUAGUAGUGGAAGUAGCACGUCCUCUCUCUCCACCCCUCCGUCUGCGGCCCACAGUCCCCCCCAGCAGCAGGUGAAUGGAGUCGGCAUGGCCGGGGUGGUCGUCCAGCCUGGCAAUGCCAACUCGACCCUCCCUGCCAUAGCCGGGGUGACGGGUCUGAUGGGCACUCUGCAGGGGAACCACCUGCCCAUGAGUGGCAUCGUGGGCGCCCUAAACGGAGUCAUCCAAACCUCCCCCAGCCUGGCCCAGAAUAACAGCCCCUUGCCCCACCCCUCAGCAGCUACCAGCUUAUCCCUGCCCAUGUCCAACAGUCUCAGUAACAGCAGCAUGACCACUGUGAAAACCAGUGCGGCAAGGCAUUUCAACGAUCAGCACAGACAGAUCCUCCUCCAUCAGCACCAACUUCAGCAGCUUUUCAGCUCCCAGCAGGCCACACCAGAACAGCAGCAGGCUCUGCUCUAUCAGUUAAUGCAACAGCAGCAGCAGCAGCAGCAGAAUGACAUACAGCUACAGCAGCUGCCAAUCAACAGCCUCCUGCCUGCCACGCAGCCAGCCAUCACUACAAACCCCUUCCUCGCCAUGCACAACGACAGCAACACUCCUAAAACUGGAGUUAGUACUGCAACUAUCAAACAGACAAAAAGACUGGGGGAGAAGGCUGUGUCUGUGACAGGACAGGAAAAGACCUGAUGUAGAAAACGUUCUGGAGGAGUUCUGUCUUAUGGAUCCCUCUCAUCUGCCCACCCCAAGAGGCUUGCAAUCUGAGCAGCAAGACCAGAACAUUCACCCACCGCACGAAACCCUCACCAGCACCAGCACCAGCCUUCAUAUGUAACUUGCCAGUUUGAUGCCCAUCUGGCAAACAACAUGCUGCACUGAGUUUGAGUAAAUCACUUGCUGUAAACGUACUGGAUCCCAUGGGGGCCAAAAGACAGGCUCACACACAUAUGUGCACACACACACACACACACACACACACGAUCUCUCUCACCCUGCCAGUGUGCUGAAAAUGACACGCUGGUGCGAGUCGCUGUGGGCAGAAAGCGUAGACCAAUGGAGAUGCCUCUGGAACAGUAUCUGCUCACCGCUGUUACCCCUUUAACAAGAAACACGUAACGAUAAUCUCAAUUAAAAACCUGUCGUUUUUGUCCAUCUGUGUAUUUAAAGGCGUCAAAUAUUUCAAAGCUGAAGCGAUCAGACAUUUGUGCACCAUGAAGGCCUUCUCUGCAUCCUGAUCUUGAGCCUCCCCUGUGAGGAGGCGGCCCAAAAGUCCACAAACUGUCUCACUGACCCUACUGCACUCUUUGAAGAGCAACUACCUCUCAAGCCAGGACACACAGACCAGGCCCUGAACCCAAGUGCCUGGCCCCGAUCUCCAUGCUCUCAGCGAGGGGCUGCGCGCUGGAGACGCUGCCAGUCUCUCCUUUCCCUUUUUUAUUUUUUCCUCCAGUUGAUCCAUUUUUUUGUGAAAUGAUUUGAUAUCAAUCGGCGUCGCUCAGGCAAUACCAGUCCAGAGAGUCCCAGAGAUCUCGGCCUGUACAGUGACUACACUGAAAAAAACUGAUUUCGAAUGUUUGCAUUGAUCAUUUUCGAAGCCAACUUUCUAUUAUUCCUUUUUUAUUUAUUUGCAUUUGUUGCAUGUUGGGUGCAAGGUAAUAUAUUGUAAUGCUCAACUGGCAAAAUGUUUUUUAUACUACUGUACAAAAUUCUCAGCUCUUUUGAGUCUUGUAAACAUUUGGAUGAACGUGUCUGGUGUUUGAAGUUGUAAAAAAA